CCUGCAUCUCUCUUUGGCGUUGAUCGCAAAGAACCUCCCAAGAGAUGAUUUCAAUUCGUCCUAUAAAAACCAUGGCCGACCUCUACUGGAUGCAUUUGGCGGCUUCAGCAGAAGCAGCGUCGACCUCGCUGUUAUCGUUGUCGUCUUGCACUCUGGUAUACCAGAAGGCCGAUCACUGCGCCUGUCUAUUGUCCUCUGCCAUUUAGAAACAUGCGCGCGGGACAUCUUCUCGGCCUGGCGCCAUUGGCGUUGACUGCUUUGGCUUGCGACAGCUGCUAUGGCCCUCAAAACAAUGUCGUCCUCACUAGAAACGUUCGUCGCAUGCAGCCUGAUGCUGAGAACGCAACGGUGCUGCCCCGUGGUCCCCUGGAAUGGGGUCAGAUUAACUUUCUGCACACCACCGACACUCAUGGAUGGCUGGAAGGCCAUAUCAAGGAGCAAAACUACGGUGCCGACUGGGGUGACUUUGUCUCGUUCACCAAGCAUAUGAAGAAGAAGGCCAAAGAUAUGGAUGUGGACUUGCUCUUGGUUGACACUGGCGAUUUGCAUGAUGGUGCUGGUCUUAGCGAUGCCACCAGCCCUGAUGGAGCAUUUUCGAACCCUGUCUUUGAGAAUAUCGAUUAUGAUCUCCUGACAAUUGGAAACCACGAGUUGUAUGUUUCCGAGGUCUCGUAUGAGACAUUCAAUGGCUUCGCCAAGGUCUACGGCGACAGAUACUUGACUAGCAACGUCGAAAUUCUCAACCCUGCUACGGGCAAAUUCGAGUCGCUUGGUGCCAAGUACCGGUACUUUACGACUGAGCACGGUCUUCGGAUCAUGUCUUUUGGCGUCAUCUUUGAUUUCACCGGUAACUCGAAUGCUUCACGCAUCACCAAGGCCAAGGACAUGGUCAAGCAGCCUUGGUUCCUAAGUGCUGUGAACUUCACUGAGCCCAUUGAUCUCUUCGUUCUGCUCGGCCACAACCCUCCUCGGACAACCGCCCCUACCAGCACUUGGGGAACUAUCUAUUCUACCAUCCGCAAGAUGAGACCAGAUGUCCCGAUUCAAGUCUUUGGUGGCCAUACCCACGUCCGCGACUUUGUCGUCUACGACACCCUUGGAACCGGCUUGGAGUCUGGAAGAUACUGCGAAAGCCUUGGAUGGCUAUCCAUGAGCGGCAUUAACUCGACCGCUUUUACCGGCACCCAGAAGCCUCAUGGAGUUCCUCACCCGACCACGAAGCCGAUCGCUGUGAAUACCACUGCUUCUGCCAAUAUCAGUGGUGCAGCUACCCAGGACUAUGGCUUGAAAUUUUCCCGCCGAUACCUUGACUGGAACCGUCUCACUUUCACCUACCACGCUGCUGGCAGCCAGAAGCGCGCAUUCGAUACCCCUGCUGGCUUGCGUACUACUGGUGAAAUCAGCGCCAUGCGCCAACAGCUUAACCUCACCGGUCUCUACGGCUGCGCUCCUCAAACUUACUGCCAGUACUGCAAGCCAUUCGGAGACCCGGGAAACAUCUACACACUCCUUACUGAUGCUCUUGCUGCCACUGUUGUCAAUCAGUCUCGUGCCGACGUGCCCCGUCUGGUUAGUACCAACACUGGCAGCGUCCGCUUUGACUUGGCCAAGGGCCCUUUCACUUACGACGAUUCAUUCAUCGUCUCACCUUUUAUUAACAAGUUUUACUACAUUCCUGAUGUGCCUUAUAAGUUUGCCAGCCAAAUGCUGGAUCUCCUCAACUCGGGUCCGUACCAGAAGCGUGAUGCCCUCACCGGUACCCCUGAAUAUGGCGCCAUGCCGAAGCGCGACUCGUGCGUCGACCCGCCGAUCACGCAUAAUCAUCUAGAGUCGCGCUCCUACCCUGGAGGCAAGCUGCUCCGCCGUCAGGAGCUCACUCCCGGUUAUACUACCACCGACGACUUUGGCACUAACGGCGACGAUACCAUCCACUCCGUCAUCCCGUACUAUGACGUUCCCAUUGACUUUCAGGCUAACGCUUCCUUCCCCACGGACGGCAGCGAGCCCGAAACAGUCGACUAUGUCUUUACCGACUUUAUGCUCAAGUUUGUUCUGUCAGCCUUCCAGCAGCUUGGAGCGAACUACACCACCUCCGACGUCACCUAUUAUAUGCCUCAGUCAUUUUCUACCCAGACUUACUUGCCCGAAUACGCCAAAACCCAUUGGCACAAGAACAUGCCUAACUGCCCCGUGGGUGCCGGUAUUGGCUUUUCCAAUUAGCCUUCUUUAUUCCUGUCGGACGCCUCUUUCAUUCGGAUUUCAAGUAUGAAAAAAUACAGUGAUUGAGGAGAUGAUGAUUUUUAUUAUUUGAAAAGCUUGUCAUGUUGACGUUUGUUUCAUUAAAAAAAAGUGUAAUGUAUACAGGCAUGGGAUGAGGCGUGGAGAGUGUAUUGUUUCGGUUGGGGGUGGGCGGGCAAGGAGUUGAACGUGGAGCUGAGUGGUUGUGGUAUUGACGGUGUAGCAUU